AUGUCUACGUUCAGUGGCGAUGAGACCGCUCCUUUCUUCGGUUUCCUUGGCGCUGCAGCUGCCCUCGUCUUCUCUUGUAUGGGAGCUGCAUACGGAACAGCCAAGAGUGGUGUCGGUGUGGCAUCUAUGGGUGUGAUGAGGCCAGAGUUGGUGAUGAAGUCUAUUGUACCAGUUGUUAUGGCUGGUGUGUUGGGUAUUUAUGGUUUGAUUAUUGCUGUUAUCAUCAGUACCGGGAUUAACCCAAAGGCUAAAUCUUACUACCUUUUCGACGGAUAUGCCCAUCUCUCUUCUGGUCUCGCUUGUGGACUUGCUGGUCUUUCUGCUGGUAUGGCCAUUGGUAUCGUUGGUGAUGCUGGUGUUAGGGCCAAUGCGCAACAACCAAAGCUUUUUGUUGGUAUGAUUCUUAUCCUCAUUUUCGCUGAAGCUCUGGCUCUAUACGGUCUCAUCGUCGGUAUCAUCUUGUCGUCCCGAGCUGGUCAGUCCAGAGCCGAAUGA